AUGGGCCGUGACUCAGAUUCCCUGACAGUGGGCCAUCACUCAGAUUCCCUGACAAUGGGCCGUGACUCAGAUUCCCUGACAAUGGGCCGUGACUCAGAUUCCCUGACAGUGGGCCAUCACUCAGAUUCCCUGACAGUGGGCCAUCACUCAGAUUCCCUGACAAUGGGCCGUGACUCAGAUUCCCUGACAGUGGGCCAUCACUCAGAUUCCCUGACAAUGGGCCGUGACUCAGAUUCCCUGACAGUGGGCCAUCACUCAGAUUCCCUGACAAUGGGCCGUGACUCAGAUUCCCUGACAAUGGGCCGUGACUCAGAUUCCCUGACAGUGGGCCAUCACUCAGAUUCCCUGACAGUGGGCCAUCACUCAGAUUCCCUGACAAUAGGCCGUGACUCAGAUUCUCUGACAGUGGGCCAUCACUCAGAUUCCCUAACCAUGUGCAUUCAAUUGGAUUCCCUAACAAUGGGCCGUCACUCAGAUUCCCUGACAAUGGGCUGUUAUUCAGAUUCCCUGACAGUGUGCAUUCAAUCGGAUUCCCUGACAAUGGGCCGUCACUCAGAUUCCCUGAUAGUGGGCUGUCAGUUAGAUUCCGGACAGUGGGCCGUCACUCAGAUUCCCUGA